GGACAAAACACGGGAUGGUAUAAAACAUGAACCGUCCUAACCCAUGCCCACCCCUAGGUGUGGCAUCGGUGAUAGAAAAGGUGGCGUGGGAGGCAUGGGAACCUGCAUCGGCACUUGCCCUGCGCUGGGUAGCGCAAAAGAGAACAUCCCUGGGAGGAAAGGCAUUUCUUCUGCAUGCUGGCACAUGGCCAUCACCUUGCCAAAUCCGUGGAUCGCCUGCUGGUUAGCAGGGUUGUUGAUGAAUUGUGCCAUGCUUGAUGAGAAGGUCACUUUUGGGCUGGCUGAGGGUUUAGGGAAAGAGACCAUCUGUCCGACACAUAGAGCGGCAAUGGCGGGAACCGUAAUGUGGCCGACACCCAAUGGAAUCACCGCGGUAGAGGGAGCAGCCUAGGAGGAAAAUAUACUCCGUGCCUCUGUGGAACGUCUGAACGGUGGUCAGCGGAAAAGCAUUUUUCUUUCCUCCAAGUUGAGCAAAUCUCUGCCCAUCAGUAAUUGAAAACUAGGAUUUCUUUGGUAAACUGAAGCCAAGAAUGAUCGAGAAGAAGAGGGUUCAGUUCUUCAUCGCCGUCGUCGUUGUCGCCGUUCUGAGUAUCACCGGUAACAUUUCGUUUAAAUUUCCUCGAAUUUGAAAAAAAAAACUUAAAAUUCAGGGCUGUGUUUGCUGAUCUAAACUUCAUUCGUUUAGAGAACGCUCUCGCCUUAGUUAUUUCUGUGAUGACUUUUAUGUGUAGCAGUACGAUUUCGGAGUAGAUCAGCUUUAAGGAUUUCUGGUGAAUAAGAGCGGUUGAAUGCCUAGUAAUUUUAGUGCCUCUAAGUAGAGGCCCUUCCGAAUUGCAUUGUGAAUUCCUCUUAUCAAGAAAUGAAAGCAAUUUAAUCAAGAUUUUUAUCCAUCAUUCUGACCUUAGAAAUGUCAUUGUUGCUUAGGUUUUUUUUAAUCUCCCAACGCCUAUAUGUAUAUAUGAAUAUAAUUCUGAACAUGAU